AUGGCUCCGCAACCAGAGAAGAGCCAAUUGAAGCGCCAGCGCGGCUCCCUCCCGGAAGGCGAGACCGAAACCAAGAAACCUCGACGAACCGAGCGCACCGAGGCUGAUCCGGACAAGACUCCAAUCGUUAACAAGCAACACCUUCCCUCGCCUCUCACACACCUCACAGAUGAGUCCAGCGAGCUGAUCAAGGAUUCCACCGCGACUCCUCCGGAGAAGAAGAAGAAGCAGCAGCAGCAGACGACACCUAAGAAAACCGACGACCACCACGCUCAGGGGCAGGCGCUAUCUUCGCCGCCCCAAGACACCCAACCGCUGAGCCAGUUUGUCGAUCGCCACCCUGCCAUUUCCGACGAUAUCGAAGAUGAGAUUCGCGAAGGUGUCUGGGGAUACCUUGUUCCGCUAGAUCCAAAAUACGGCGACAAGCCUAUCGUCUUGAAGAGACGAAGCGCAUGCCCCCAAGCAGACACCGCUGCCGAUGCCGCCAAGAAGGACAACAAGAAUCACACCAAUGAUAAGAAUGGCAAGUCGGCUGCGACAAAAGAUGAAGAGGCCUUUGAAAAGAAGAAAGAGAACGGCGUUUCUUCUGGCGGUUACUUGAUUGGGCGUCAUCCUGAAUGUGACAUUGUUGUCAACGACGGCAUUGUUUCGAACCGACAUUGUCUUCUUUUCACCGAGAACAAAGGCAACGAUACCGUCGCAAUUGUCGAAGAUUUGUCAAGCAACGGAACGUUUGUCAACGAGGCUAUCGUCGGCCGAAACCAGCGUCGCGAGUUGGAGGAGCAGGACGAGAUCGCUGUCCACGGCAAGGCGCGGUUUGUCUUCCGCUAUCCUCAAACCCGCCAAACGAGCGCGUUUCUUCAACAGUAUACUCUUUUGGAGAAGCUCGGCAAGGGCCACUUUGCCGAGGUCUACCUGUGUGUUGAGAAGACCACUGGUCAGCGCUAUGCAGUCAAGAUCUUUACGAAACACCCAGGUGUGGAAGACCGCUCCAAGACGGAGGGUUUGCAACAAGAGAUUGGUGUUUUGAUGGGUGUCAGUCACCCCAACGUCCUUUGCCUCAAAGACACUUUCAAUGAGCGAGAUCGCGUCUAUCUGGUGCUCGAGUUGGCACCAGAGGGAGAGCUUUUCAACUACAUUGUGAUGAAGCAGAAACUUAGCGAAGAUGAAUCCAGGAAGUUGUUUGUGCAGCUCUUCCAGGGUAUCAAAUACUUGCACGAACGCAACAUUGUGCACCGUGAUAUCAAGCCCGAGAACAUAUUGGUGGUUGACAAAGACCUACAUGUUAAGUUGGCGGAUUUCGGUUUGGCCAAGAUUAUUGGAGAAGAAUCAUUCACAACCACACUAUGCGGAACACCUAGCUAUGUUGCUCCUGAGAUUCUUGCCGACUCCAAGCAGCGCAAGUACACCAAGGCUGUUGACGUUUGGUCAUUGGGAGUCGUGCUCUACAUUUGUCUCUGCGGUUUCCCACCAUUCUCCGAUGAACUUUACUCGCGUGACUUCCCUUUCACACUGUCUCAGCAAAUCAAGAGUGGUCGCUUUGAUUACCCUUCACCUUACUGGGAUUCUGUUGGCGACCCAGCCCUUGACUUGAUUGAUUCUAUGUUGAUUGUCGACCCCGAGAAGAGAUUUACCAUUGAUCAGUGUCUGCAGCAUCCCUGGCUUACACAGAGCACCCCCAGUGUAAACGAUAGCACAGGCGGACUUGUGGGUGGUAUCGCAGGUCUAGAGGUCAACCGAAGAGCUCCUGCGCGCGAACGAACUCUCCUGUCAUCACUUAACACUGUCGAGGUGACUGCCCACGUCGAGAUUGGCAAGGACAAGAACCCUGUCAAGGUGUUUUCGAAGAACAAAGGCCGUAUCAGCAAUUUUAAGAAGGAAUCUGGACCUGCCUCUCAGCGAGCACCAGACGAAUUUAUAGAGAUGGGAGGUAAGGGUGACCAAGAGUUGUACGAGGACGAUGAUUCGAGCAUUUACCCGAUAGGUGACAACGGCGAGAAGAUCAAGGCAAGCAAGGCCGUACGAUGA